CCCCAUUCACUGAAGAGUGGUGGUGAAGCAAACAGAAGAAGCAAAAUAGCCACUGAGUGAGGUUAGUGUAGUUGAGAGAAUGUUGAUCAUGACACAUGGAUGCAUCAGGGGUGGAUGAUUAAGAUUUCAACAGGGGAGGUACCAAAUCGUUAAAGCAUUGCAGUACCUAAGCACUAAGAAGAGUGUGUGAAUAUAUAUACAUACAUACGCAUAAACUAGGUUGAGUAGUACUAUACUAACUUGUUACAUCAAACCAAUGGAGACACACGCUGAGAUAAGGGUGUCAAAGUUCAAGAGGGUUUGUGUCUUCUGUGGGAGUAGCCCUGGCAAAAAGAGAACCUAUCAAGAUGCUGCCAUUGAGCUUGGCAAUGAAUUGGUCUCUAGGAACAUUGAUCUGGUCUAUGGAGGAGGAAGCAUUGGCUUAAUGGGUUUGGUUUCCCAAGCUGUUCAUGAUGGUGGUCGGCAUGUCAUUGGAGUUAUUCCCAAGACACUCAUGCCUCGAGAGCUAACUGGUGAAACAGUGGGAGAAGUAAAGGCUGUAGCUGAUAUGCAUCAAAGGAAGGCAGAGAUGGCCAAGCAUUCAGAUGCCUUUAUUGCCUUACCAGGUGGCUAUGGGACUCUAGAGGAGCUUCUUGAGGUCAUAACUUGGGCUCAACUUGGGAUCCAUGAUAAACCAGUGGGAUUGGUAAAUGUUGAUGGAUACUUCAAUUCGUUGCUAUCAUUCAUUGAUAAAGCUGUGGAAGAGGGAUUUAUUAGUCCUAAUGCCCGCCACAUUAUUGUGUCAGCACCAACAUCAAAAGAGUUGGUAAAGAAAUUGGAGGAUUACGUUCCCUGUCAUGAAAGUGUUGCUUCCAAGUUGAGCUGGCAGAUGGAGCAACAACUCACUUAUCCAGAAGAGUAUGACAUCUCAAGGUAGCUGAGUUUGCUUCGUAUGCACGGAAGAUGACUCUAGGUAGAAUUUUGGAGGUGGAAGAAGCUAGUGUGGAAUAUCAGUAUUCUGUUUUUUGUUCUUACUCUAAAAAAGAAGAAAUUUCUUUUGUAAGGAAUUGACCUGAAUAUGUGAAAUUACUUUGUUCCCUUGUGAAA